AUGCCCAUUCCUACCACUGUCGAGUACUCGAGGGUGAGAGUCUUCGCCAGAGACGGGCCGCAGGAGUCUUCAUCUGCUCCAGACGGCCAAGGGUGUAUCCAGUGUCCGUCAGCCCUUCCCGCGUGUCCCAAAUGUGCCUCCAACGAGCAGUGUCAAACCCAGAUUCAAACCUGUCAUUCGUGUCCUACCACCUUCUGCACACGUAUAGAAGGUUCAUCCAGCAAAUCCACCCCAGUUGGGGGUAUCGUUGGUGGUGUUAUAGGAGCGUUGGUGGUGUUGGGCCUUAUUGGAGGCUUCCUCUACUAUAAAUACGUGUAUCGCAAGAAACACCCAGUGUUGUUGGGGGACGAUGAUGUGAUGAUGGAGAAAGCAGGCCGAGGAGAUGACUCCAGCGAGUUUGGAGUACAGACAGACACAGACAUCCACUCUACCGCUGGCACAGAUACCAGCGGCAGCGGCUCGCGCGGAAACGACUCGGCCCCAUCCCAGAGAAAGACCGCCACCAACGCAUACAACAGACGGAGAUUGUCUUCGUACGAGUCGUUCACCAGACCCAAGACCAGGUAUGCCAAGGGCGAGGGAAGAAACAAGGAGACUGCUCAGAGAAGAGCGAGACAGAAGAUGAUUGUUGCCCAGGCCAACGCCAGCAGCGGCAUACCCAACGAGAUUUACCUCGAUAGAACUAAUAGAAACUCGGUGGCCACCUCCAUCUCCACGACCAACGCAUCUAAUAUCUUACCGAUUGCGUACAUUCCGGGAGUUACCGUCAGGCCCACCAAGAACAACACCAGGUCCAUCUACUCGUACGAGACGAACUCCAUCUUCUCCGACUUGGACACCAUUGAAAACGCGUCGAUUAUUGGCGAUGUGAUGAGAGCCAACAACCACAGCCAAAACACCACUUACAUGUCUACAGCAGGCGCGGUUGCUGGCGAGAAAAAGCCGGGAACCAUGACUGCCAUCAAGGCCCAGCCGCGCUUGGUGAAUGUGGACAAGAUCGAGGAAGAGGAAGAGGACGAAGACGAUGACAUCACCGACGAAGAUGACGAGGACGAUGGAGAUGACCACAAGGAUAAGGGUCUGGAUGGGUACACCUACACCAGCAGCGUGCACAGCACCACCUCCGACUUCCACCCCACCACGAACGCGGUUCUCACCAACACCAGCUUUGUCAUCCAGGAAAACGACGAGACUGACGACUCGGACGUGGACUCCGACAUAGGCGAGAUCACCCGUGCCACCAGUGUAAGAAAGCCCGCCCAGCAGCCCGACAGCGUGCGCCAAGAUAGGGAGAUCUUGUUGGACAUUGGUCGCGACGGAGAACACCACCCAGAGGAAAUACCGUUGGAAAUCCUCCAUCUCGAGCCUCGCUCGCACGAAAGCGUGGCCACAGGGGCAGGCUCGAUCAUGCUCAACGUGGAGAUCGAUGAGCCGCCUGCUAUCCAGCCACGCGCCCCUGCCAGACCAGCGCCUGCACGUUCCAUCAGCAGUGGUGAAAGAAGUCCGUUCGAGGACCCUGAGUAG